AUGUCGCUCUGGAUGAUAGAUGUUCUUGCCUUGCUACCUCAAACAUGGCAAGACUGGAUUAUGCCCCCAAGCACCGUUCCAGUCGUCCAGAACAACCCCUCUAAGGUUCAAUUAAGUCGUAUCUCCCACGUCUAUUUCGACCACGGCGAUUUGGAGGCCUUUGAUCGAUUUGCUAAGGAUUUUGGAUUCGUCCAAGCAGAGCGUAAAGGAAACACGAUUUAUUACCGUGGCUAUGGCAGAGACCCCUACGUUUAUGUGGCAUCUCAGAGUCCGACGCGGCGAUCGCGCUUCAUGGGUACAGCCUUCGUGGCAAAAGACCAGGAGAACUUCGACAAGGCCCUGGCACUGCCAGGCGCAGUAAUCAAAGACCUGGAAGAGGCUCCAGGAUGCGGACGCAUGAUUACUUUCGCGAGACCUAACGACACCUUUUUCCACGUUAUCUACGGCCAAACUGAACGCGAGUUUGUUGAGAUCCCAACAGCCACCCACGACUACCAAGGCCCCUUUAACACGCCGUUGGAGAAGCAUCGUAAGGGCCGCUUCCAAAGGUACCACGACGGUCCCGCGCUGGUACACAAAUUGGGCCAUUUCGGAUACGUGUGCAAGGAAUUCGAACAUGAACUUGACUUCUACACCUCCAACUUCAACUUUGUGCACUCCGACAUUCUGAAUCUCCCGAAACUCCCGCAUAUUGAUGUUAUGACAUUCAUGCACUUGGAUCUGGGCAAAGCUUUCACCGACCACCACAGCUUCUUCCUGCAGCGUGCGCCGCCGGGUACCAGCAAGACAUAUGUCCACCAUACCUCGUUUGAAGUCAAUGACUUCGAUACCCAGUUGAUGGGUCACAAAUACCUUGCAAAAAAGGGGUGGAAGUCUGUAUGGGGCGUGGGUCGUCAUAUUCUGGGAAGCCAGAUUUUCGAUUAUUGGUAUGAUUCGAGCGGUUUUAAGAUUGAGCACUAUGCGGACGGAGAUGUGGUCAAUGAGGAUAACCCGACCCGGAAGGAGCCAGUAGGGCCGCUAUCUGUUUGGGGUCCCGAAUUGCCGAAGGACUUUGGGGACAACAAGGCCAGGUGA